CAAUCAAACCCACCAUCUCACACAAGUCAAAAAAGAGCAAUGAACACAGAAUCCAUGAUUGGAUAUUACAUUCAUGCUAUUCACACCAUGCCAGCCUAAGAAAUAAGGCUCAUUAAGUACCAUAUAUUUUGUUACCACUUUGGUCCCAUUCUUUAUUUUCAACUGCGAAAAGCAGAGAAGAGAAGCACCCAAAGCACCCACCUCUGAUAAUCCUGUGCUGAGAAAAUAUGGAGAGUUUGAACAAGAUUCAUUUGACUGUGCUGACCCUGCUUAUGUUUCCAGUCAUCAUUCUUGGCUGGGGAUAUGAUGGUCAUUUCACAGUCUGCCGGAUUGCUCAGUCUAGGUUGAGCAAAGCAGCAGAAAAUGCUGUGAAGGACUUGCUUUCAGAUACUGGAGAGACGGAGUUGGGAUCCUUGUGUAUAUGGGCUGAUCAAGUCAAGUUUCGUUAUCACUGGUCUUCAGCUCUGCACUACAUUGACACUCCUGACUCUCUUUGCUCGUACCAGUACAACAGGGACUGUAAGGAUGAAGAUGGUAAGGGAAGGUGUGUUGCAGGAGCCAUUAACAACUACACUUCUCAGCUUCUCACCUACAAUAAUCACCCUCAAUAUAACCUCACAGAAGCUCUUCUAUUCCUUUCUCAUUUUAUGGGUGACAUUCAUCAGCCUCUUCAUGUGGGUUUUACCUCAGACAGAGGAGGAAACACCAUUGAAGUUCACUGGUACACUAGGAAACAAAAUCUUCACCAUAUUUGGGAUGCCAACAUAAUUGAGACAGCAGAAGAGAAGUACUAUGACUCCAAUGUAGAAAGCCUAGUUAAGGCCAUUGAACAAAAUAUUACGACUGAGUGGGGUGAUGAGGUUAAGAGCUGGGAAACUUGCAGUUUGAAUCAGACAACAUGUCCGGAUAUAUAUGCGUCUGAAGGUAUCAAGGCAGCCUGUCAAUGGGCAUACAAAGAUGUAAAUGAGGGUUCUGUAUUAGGAGAUGACUAUUUUCUCUCUCGUUUACCAAUAGUCAACUUAAGGCUAGCACAAGGCGGAGUUCGAUUGGCUGCUACUCUCAACCGAAUUUUCGGUUGACAGGUGAUUAGUUAGUAUUACUAUGAUAUAAUAUAAGUAGACAUGUUUGAGUGUAAUUUUUAAAUUAUUGUGAUAAGAUGUAAAAUAGAUAUUUGGAGAAUUUUACAUCUCAUCAAAAUAUUAUUGCUUGUUAUUUCAGACUUAUAUGGAUAUUCAUUCUUAUCUAAACAAUGUGUUUUGCUAGUGCCUA